AUGUCUAAAUUUCAUGCUAUUAAUGAUUAUUUCGAUCCCGAUCCUAAAAAUAAUAAUAAACUUGUAUGUAUAAAAUGUUCUAGGAGUUAUGAUAAAAAUACACGUAUCACAACUUUAAAAAAUCAUUAUAGAUUCCAUCAUAAGGAAAUUUGGAAUGAUAUCAAAGUUUAUAAUGUAGGAAAGGGUAAAGAGAAGAAAAAAAGAAAUGAGUCAAAAAAAAUUAUUCAAGAACAAACAUUUCAAGAAGAUUAUGAAGAAAUCUUUGAUGAAGCUCAAUACGGAACUAAUCAAAUUCUUUCUUCGGUAAUUAAAGAUUCUCAAUAUAUGAAUGAAAUCGAAAGAUCUGAAGAAGUUACUCUUUCAGUUAAUGAUUGUGUCGAAAUUAUUCCAGAAAAUAACAAUGGAGAAAUUCCUUUUUAUUUAAAAGAUCAUAUUAAAAGUAUCGAUUUUUAUGAUUAUGGAAAUAAUAAGCUUGAAUUUGAUGGUCCCAAUUCAAUUAAAUUUAAUGGUCCUUCAAAUAAACAUAAUACCUUUUCACGAGAAAUAAUACAAAUAUUAAAUGAUUCUAUUGGACAAAAAUCGUAUGUGGAAGUUUAUCCUCUUCAUAAUUACAUUGAUAAUAUUGAUUAUGGUGUAGUUAUUUUUGGAAAUCGAGCAGAUAUGAUUAAAAUAUAUUUUAUUCGUACAAUAAUAUUACAUAAAUCACGAGAAUACAUGACAGAUAUUGUUGAGUGUACCGAAGAGUAUACUAGCAAGACGUGUGGUGUAUGUAGAAUCAUAAAUGAUAAAUUAGGAUCAUCAAAAGUGUUCAAGUGCAAAGAUUGUGGUUAUGUUUAUGACAGGGAUUUCAACGGAGCUAGAAACAUCCUUCUCAAAUAUUUGACAGAAACCGGGUUCCUGCACCCGAAUGAUGAUUGCUGA